CGGGGUCCUAGUUAGCAUGAAUGGAGGCAAAUAUCCGUGGCAACUGCAAAGCUAAAAACAGGCUAUUUCUUCCUGUCGAAUUGGUUCAGUUACUUUAUCUGCGUUUUGGUAACUGAAAGAGAUGGACGGUUACUCCGGAGACGUUGACAGCGAUUCUACAAAACAACAAGAAAGACAUUACUACCUGUUAUCUGAACUGCAGACCUUGGUCAAAGACUUACCAAGUUCCUUCCAGCAGCGUCUGUCCUACAACACACUGAGUGACCUGGCUCUGGCACUCAUAGAUGGGACAGUGUAUGAGAUUGUGCAGGGCCUCCUGGAUAUUCAGCAUCUCACAGAGAAAAAUCUGUACAACCAAAGGCAAAAGCUUCACUGUGAACAUCAAGGACUCAAACAAGAUCUUGUACGGAAACACAAAGAUGCCCUGCAGUCGUGCAAAUCUCACAACCUUGCCCUUCUCAAGUCAAACCAACAAGCAGAACUAGAGGCUCUGGAAAUCCGAGUGCGAGAGGAACAAAGAAUGAUGGAUAAGAAGAUUGUGGCAGAAAUUGAUCAAAAAGUGAUAGACCAGCAGAACACCCUCGAGAAGGCGGGAGUCCCUGGGUUUUAUAUCACCACUAAUCCUCAGGAGCUGACUCUGCAGAUGAACCUUCUUGAACUGAUCCUCAAACUUCAACAGAAGGAGUCACAAUCUGGAAUACUAUGAGAAAAAUGAUAAACAGGACGAAGUAUCCCUAUUAAGAAACAAAAAUACAUGUUGUGGCCACAGACAACACAUUCCAGUAAUUGUGAGAUACAGCAUGUAUUUGUCAACAUGUAACACUGCUGUUCUAAGGAGCAACAGGUUCAGAAAAAGUUGAACAUGUGUUGUUCUGAGUGUGAGUAUCAUACUCAAACCUGUUGAAGAAAGCUGGUUCUCAGGUAUUCGAGUAAGAUGUUUCAAGUCCUGGUGGAGAGCUGUAGCAGGCUGUGGCACAACAGAGCAAAAAGAACACAAAUGGUUUUAACUCAUAGACUGUGACCAUCAAUCAGUUAGGUGGUUUCAUAAAAACUUCUUAAGACUGAGAGGUGUCUCCUGAUGCAACAUUUGAGGUGAAAGGGAAAUUGUUUUGGUGUGUGUUCACACCGAGGAUUCAGAACAACAGAAAACAAAGAACCUGCACUUUUCCAAAUACUUUUGCUAUCUGCAGUAGUGGAAGGUUGUUGUGCAAAAACUUUGUUUAUUGAUGGCGUCAAAGAUUAAGACUGAAACAAGCCAUGUGCUCUGGCUCUUUUUGGAACAGACUUUAUUUGGCAAUAUUAUAAUACAUUUCUUACACAUUUUUUUCAUAUGUAAACUUUUUUUUUCUACUAAGGCUACUUUACUGUUUAUUAUAUUUUAUUUUUUGUAUCUGUUGAGUUUGUUUUGGUUCCAUGGGUCCAAACUAAGUCUUUAGUCAACACAAGUGCAUUCACACGGAUGUUUUUAAAAUGUAAGUGUUGGUUAAUGAUUAUUGUCUGACAUAAAUGAACAAAUAAGCAACCAUAAACAUUUAAAUGAAUAGUAGCUUCACUGGACAUCAAAAAUAAAUGGGUGCAUAAGAAAAUACAUCUGCAGUUGAACAGAA